GACGCCCCGAUGCGGCAAGGGCCGUUUGGAAUAGUUGCAGCUGUCUGCGAAACAUUGCCCUCUCGCCCACGACGCCUCCACCCCCGCUCGCUGUCGCCCCGUCCAUCACUGUCUGCUGCGCGCCCGGGAAAGGUCAUCAUUGCAGCGCUCCGAGCCCGCUCGAUGCGUCCGCCGCCGUCUACCUGUGCCCUCGCUACACGUCACUGCGCAACCCACCAUCUCCAAUACUAGUACUACCGCGACUCCCCUCGACAGCGCCCUCAGUCCCAUCGACACCACCCGCCCCCGCCCGCCCCCGGGCACCGCCCACCAUGUCCUUCUUUGGAUUCGAUGCCACGCUGCCGCGCGACAAGGGCCACUCCACCAACGCCCCCGGUUUCGGCCACCACGAUGCCUUCGCCAGCCUCGGUGGAGGGGCAGCCGAUGACGAUGCGAUUGAUUUCGAAGAGACGUACGAUGGCCUAGGCGAUCAGCUUGAUGAGACCGACGACGCCUUCAAUGACGACACUUUUGGCAGCGCCCCAGCUACCCAGCAGGACAUCGGCCGCGAUUUCGACUUCCACGGCCAGACGUCCAAGAUUGCGAACACGCUGCAAGAAGAGCAGAUGGUCUACCAAGCUCGCCAUCCGGCACCCCAGCAGCAGAUCCAGCAGCACGUCCAGCAGCAGAGGCCUCCCAUUCCGCACGCUUCGAAGCCCACCAGGACCGGCUACGAGAGCUACCAUGACCCCGACUAUAUCCCCCAGCUGGAGGCUCGCGCCGACAUCUGGGGUCUUAAGCCCAAGCAGUCCUCUGCUCCCAAGCAAUCAGAGCCGCAAUAUCAAGCUCCUGCGCCUUCAAGGAAGAUGAUGAGCCUGGACGAGGUCGAGGCCAUGAUGCGCAACCAGCCAGUGCAGGCGACACCACCACCUGCCCACCAGCACAUGGCGCCCACCCAGCCUCCCAUGCCCUCGCACUAUCCGCAGUCCUUGCCUCACGGACAGCCGCUCUUCCCGGGCCAAUUUCCACCGCAGAUUAUGCAGCGCCCCCAGCAGCACCCUCAGCAACACCAUCAACAUCAACCAGGCCAACCCGGUCCACGACAGCCGCAGGUUCACGCUGAACUGCCCGCUCAACCGGUCCACACCCAGCCACCGCAGCAACCUACGAUAUUGCAGCGACCGCGACAAUCAAACGAAACUACGGCACAGCAGCAAAGACCCAACCAACCCCAAGGUCAGCCCCAAGGCCAGCCCCAGCGGCCGCCCUCUCAGCCCAGGCACAUUCUGCAGAAUCCCAAUCGGCUUUCUGGGCAUGGGCAGCCUGUUGCGCACUCUGGACACCCAGGAGCACGUGGUCCUCAGCCAGGCCACAACAGGGGUCCUUCGUACACGCCUAUGGUCAUUACCCAUCCAGAGCAGCUUAUGGCUUUGUCACAGGAGGAGCGUGACGCUUAUAUCGAAGCUGAGGCUAAACGUGCCAAGCGCAACCACAAGAUCUCCUUGCUAGCCAAAGACAACGGCCUGAUGACGCCUCAAGACAAGAACUUCAUCACGCGCAUUCAACUCCAACAGCUCAUGACUGCGACUGGAAAUUUGGAUGAAAGAGGCCCUGAGGCUGCCAUCGCCGAGGACUUCUAUUAUCACGUCAUGAGCCAGAUUCGCGGUGGUGCACGCCAAAAUCCGCAUCAGCCUGCAAACCAAUUUGCCCAGACGUACCUGUUCCAGACGAACAGCAGAUUCGGACCACGUAGGAACGGGCGCACUGGCGAUAACCACAUGCAGCGUAUGGAGCAGCAGGUCCAGCGGGCAGUUGAGGCAGCAAAGGCGAAGCCUAAGGGCAAGCAGCUCGUCAUCGAGGGCAGCCUGGGAAAGAUUGCUUUCAGCAACGCGAAGACACCGAGACCGCUCCUCAACAUCAAACGUCCAGAAACCGGAGACAAGCAUCCCAAGAACCACAAGUCUUCUGUGGCUCAUCGCAAGCAGACUCUGCGUAACAUUGAGGCCAUCUACAUGACUUUGAUGAGGAUUGAGGAUGUCGAUCGAGCAAUUCCCCCUCCCAUCCGUGAGGACAGCUCGCCUGAGGCUAUCCAAGCGCACAUGGAGUGGCGCUCGAAGAUCGAAACUCUGCGCAAGGAGCUCUGGCAAAAUCUCAAGAUUAUGGAGCCCAUCAACCCUCAGUCGCCCACUCCACACCCCUUUAUUUCCAUCUUGUCUCAUGCAAAGGGGAAGAAGGCGAUACAGCGAAUCUUUCCUCACAUCGACGAGCAAGAGCGCAUUACGGUAGUCACUAUGAUCGUCGUGCACCUGGACCAGCUCUCCGUAGUGUCCCACGGAACUGCAACACCAGAGGAGCCCUUGAGCCCCGCCAUGCGCGAGGAGAUUGAUCUGUUUCUUGGAACCGUCAUCCCACCGCUGUUUGCUCAUGUCUCCGAAUCUCCGCUCAACAUCAUCAUUGGCUUGCUUGGUCUAAUCUUGGACAGAACGCAUAUGCAUGUUGUCGCUCGCAGCAAGGUUGGCAUGUCGCUCCUCACGAUUCUUAUCUCUCGCGCCGAACUUCUGAAGCAGUCCGCUCCAGAAGCUGUCACGGAUUGGGAACAGUGGGCCGACCUUUACAACCGCCUGUUCGAUGCUGUGGAGCCGGUUCUUCCUGUGAUCUUCCCCGGUGGUAUCAAUGAUACCGACGAUAUGUACAUCUGGCAGUUCCUUGCUGCUAUGGGUGUCGGAGCCAGUCCGGACCAGCAACAGAGACUUGUCAUCGGCGUGAAGGACCGCGUUAUGGAGACCGUGACGGUGAGCAAGGCUCUACCGGCUGAGAUGGCAGGAGCUCGGCUUGCCAAUGUCAACCUCUUUAUGAGGGCUAUUGGCUUGGAUGUUGAGUUGCUUGGCUGA